AUGUCGGUAUCCACUUGGCCCGACAUCUCCCAUCUCUCGAUGUCCACACCGAAGCUAGUCAACGUCUUGAGGCAGAUGGGCCAACAGGUCAAGUGGCCUCAAAAGAUGAAGGCACCUGACUCGUUCCGGAACCCUGGCCUCUGGUGCGACUUCCAUCGCGACCAUGGUCACAAAACUGAAAACUGCAUCGCUCUAAGGAUCGAGGUCAAUGAACUAAUCCAAAAGGGGCAUCUCCGGGAAUUCCUCUCAGAAAAAGCCAAGAACCAUCUAAAUAAAGAGGUGCCGGCGAAAUCCGCUGGAGCUAUACCCGCCUCACCACCUCGCCAAGACCGAGUGAUCCAUGUCAUAUCCGGAGGUUUAGAGAUAAGCGGCGUGAGUCAUGCAGCUGCCAAGAAAAGCACCCGCAACGCCAAGCACGGCCUAGAGACGACCAAACCAAAGCGCUUGCUCCUAGGUACCGACGAAAUAAGCUUCACGGCUAAGGAGCAGGAGAAGAUCUUGGCUCCCCACCACGAUGCCCUGGUCAUCUCGCUCACCGUAGCAAACUGCUUGGUAAAAAGAAUACUAGUGGACAAUGGUAGCUCCAACGACAUCAUCUUCCAGACUGCUUACCAGGACCUAGGGCUGGAGGAGAGCGCCCUGACGCGCAAAAUAACUCCACUCAUCUGA